AUAAACAAGAUUGGAGAUAUGGUUCGAGUAUUCUACCAAUCGCAAAUCGAUCAUAUUUUCCGAUACUCUGACGUCACCUAUGACACAUAAUUUUAUGCUUAGUUAAAAUUGAAGAGAAGAGAAGUACAUUCGGGUAAGUAUUAUAAAAGAUGUUAUAGCAUUGUCAGGAACUGAGGCAGCUACUUAGAGGCAGUUGAUUUGUUGAAAACAUUCUUUUAAUCUGUGAAACAGAUUUAAGAGCUGCUUAAACAAUUAGUAUAUAGAACUGUUAUUACAAAAUUUAAAUGGAGCAAGACUCAAAUAGAACUGUUCUCUGUAAAAUGGGCUGUGGAUUUUAUGGCAAUCAUUCUUAUGAAGGAAUGUGUAGUAAGUGUUAUAGAGAUCAUGUUAAGCGUCAGCAACAAUCCUCGCCUAGUGCUGGAAGAAAUAGUCCUGCUACAGGUGCAUGUGGAUCAACUUCAGCAUCUCAACUUACUCUUCAAUCUCCCUCUUCAACUGCAGUGGCCCAAACGACUGCUUUUUUAGAUAACUCUCAGUUACAAUCUGCCUGUCUAAGCCCUGAAACCUCUGCGUCUUUAUUAGUUGAAGAUAAAUCACCAUCAAAUCAAGUUGAAGUAUUUGAAGAAAAUUCUGAAUGUCCGGGUAAAAUAAAAAAAAAUCGUUGUUGCUCAUGCAGAAAGAAAGUGGGCCUAACAGGUUUCGAAUGCCGUUGCGGUGGUCUCUUUUGCGGCAUUCAUCGAUACUCUGACAAACAUAACUGUUCAUAUGACUAUAAAGCAGAUGGGCGAGAGCAAAUAGCUAAGGCCAAUCCAGUCAUUGUUGGUGAAAAAAUUAAAAAAAUAUGAAGCUUUAUGAUGUUGUACAUUAUUGUUUGAAUCUUUUUCAGCCUCGUGUUUGUGUGUUGGUAUUUACUUUCAUAAGCUAUUGUCGUGUACACUAGCUCUUUAGGCCCCGUAUUUUUUUUGAAAGAGUAUACCUAGCAAUUUUUAGAAUUAUUUGAUGCGUUGGAUACAUUUUAAUAAAUGUAACACCGCCUGCUGCUUCAAUAACUGAGAUUUAGUUGUCUGCUGUAAAUUAGAUUUUGCAGAAUCUUUACUUCAUUGUAUAAAUAUGUAAUCAAAUAUAUAAGUCGUAUGUGUAAGUCAA